AUGUCGUUCUCUUUCCUUCUCAUAUCAAAACUUUUAUCUCGUUGCAAAAAGAUCCCUUUACAGGCUGACCGACAUCAAAUAUAUUUCAGACAUUAUAUGGCUACAAGCACAUCAAAUACUGUACGUCGUCCAAAAGUUUUAGUAACGCAGGCUUUACUUCCAGAUUCAGAAAAAUUAUUAGAGAAUGCUGAGGAGGUUGAAGUUGAAAUAUGGAAAGAUGGACUUAUUCCUCGGGAAGAGUUAUUAAAAAAGGUGAAAGGUGUUGAUGGAAUAUUAUGCACGCUAUCUAAUAAAAUUGACAAAGAAUUAUUGGAUGCUACUGGUCCACAAAUUAAAGUCGUUUCAACAGUAUCCGUUGGAUAUGACCACGUUGAUGUGAAAGAACUUCGUAAGCGUAAUAUACCACUUGGAUAUACCCCGGGUGUAUUAACUGAUGCGACAGCAGAUCUCACGGUUAUUUUGGUGUUGGGUGCAGCACGUCGAAUUCGAGAGGGGAUUCUUUCGGUGUUAAAUGGAACAUGGGGCAUAUGGACUCCAACUUAUAUGAUUGGAUCUCAAUUGAGUAAUAAAACAGUUGGGAUUGUUGGAUUAGGUAGAAUAGGCAAGGCAACUGCUAUUCGACUAAAGCCAUUUAUCGGGGCUAACGGAAAAAUAAUUUACAGCGGAAACUCUGACAAACCAUAUGCCGGUGAAAUUGGAGCAACUAAAGUUGACUUUGAUACGCUAUUACGCGAAUCAGAUGUAAUUUGUGUCACUUGUGCGCUUACCUCACAAACUAAAGAAAUGUUUGAUUACGACGCGUUUAAGAAAAUGAAGAAAAGUGUUGUUUUUGUUAAUUCAGCACGUGGAGGUCUCGUCAAACAAGAUGAUCUCGUACGUGCAUUGUCGGAAAGCCUAUUGGGUUCAGUCGGACUAGAUGUGACGACUCCUGAACCAUUGGAUCCUCAAGAUCCCCUACUAAAGUAUGAUAAUGUGUUCGUUUUACCGCAUAUCGGAAGUGCAACAUACGAGACACGUACGUUAAUGGGGAAUAUUGCGGUUGAAAAUUUGUUGGCUGGUGUUCGUGGAAAACCGUUACCUCAUGCUGCGCAGUUAUAA